AUAUGUAUUUUAAAAAUUUGGUGUGAUGAAUAGUGUUACACCAAAUUUGGUGCAACACUAGUCACACUUCACCAAAUUUGAUGUCUUGUUGGAGAUGAAGUUACUUAAGUUUUGGUUUCUUGUUGGAGAUAAACUAACAGAUAUAUGAGACACAUACAUUACAUAUAUUAGUUAAUUUUGUAAAAUUUUAAUAACGUCUAUAAAAUGUGGAAAAUUAUCCAAUUUUUUUAUUCUAUCUUUUAACCCAGUGUAUUUGUUUUGUGCAUCGGAUCAACACCGCUUAUAAAUUUGUCGUACAGCUCAGGCCAUAAUGUCUUACAGAAUAAGCGUGACAACAUGCUGCUUACAACAUAACCAGAAACAUGCCGCUAUGGCACAACCACAAUUUAAGGUUUUUUAUUCAAAAAAAUCUCCUAGCUAAGCUUUCUAACUAUAAUUUGUAGCUGGAGCUACAAACAUGUCACUCAUGUAGAGACAGCAGUGUAUAUACACAUUGGUUUAAUGUAUAGCAAAAUCAAAUAUUAAUACGAGUAGAGACCCACUUGGUUUAAGAUUUUGGAAGAUAACGAAAUAAAAAGAUGAAUUCAAAGGAUGCAGAGUUAUAUAUGUCGGGUCAUUUAGAGCCGUGACCAAAAGUUUCGUCGUUAAUUUCUACGGUCGGUCAUGAAAUUUUUUGGAUGUGUCUUGACCCUUUUGUGGACUUCUGUAUAGUUUUGUCGGUUUAUAGGUUUGUAUUCGUAUCCCUAUUUUUUCCAAAAAAAAAAAAUCGUAUCCUUCUCUUUUUCUGUCCCAGUAACGAGACGUACGUAUAUUCACGAAAAGAAAAACGUUUAAUUUCAAUUUUACUAUAUACAUAUUUUUAAAAUGAGUCACACACAAGGUUAGCGCCUAAUAGUAUGAUUUUUUUUUUCUUUUUUGAACACACCUAAUAGUAUGAUUUAUCUAGUGGAAUUUUCAUUCAAUGUAUUUAUAUUUUAACGAGUCUUGAUGUUUAAUUAUUUAUUAAGAAUUAAGUGAGAAAUAAAAUGCAUAAAAGUAGCUUGUGCUUAAGAAAGAAAAACGAUAGAAACAAAAGAGUGGGGGUUCGUUGACAGUUGUAUUGUAACUCAUAUCUCAUACCAAUAGCUUUAACAAUGAGUGUGUAUUAACUUUCAAAUGUCCUCAAAGACUUUUAAGAAAUCAUAUAAUAAAAUGAAUUCUGUAAGGCUGAAAGUGUAAAAUAAAAUAAAAAAUGAAAUGAAAGUAAAGAAACGUCUUUCUCAAUAAGAACACAGAUCCCAACGGAUUCAAACAGCAAAUUUGUGCUUUGCUCUUCUCUCUUUAUCCUCUCAAAGACCCUCUCUUAUAUUCUAAAGCCCCUUCCUCCUUUUUCUUCUUCUUAUCAACCGAAACAAAGAUAAAACAAAACUUUGAGUUUUAAAACAAAACUUUGAGUUUUCUUAUAAGCUUAAAGAAAGAGAAAGAAAGAUGAUGUGUUCGUUGUUUAGCCAAUGAUUACGAUUUAGCUGACCACUUCGAGAGAUUUAAAAACAAAAAAACGAGAGAGAGAGCAGGGAGUACAUUUUAGAAAGAAAAGAACAAUGAAGUCCUUUUGUGAUAAUGAUGAUAAUAAUCAUGGCAACACGACCAAUUUGCUAGGGUUUUCGUUGUCUUCAAAUAUGUUGAAAAUGGGAGGAGGAGGAGGAGAAGAAGCUCUGUACUCAUCUUCUUCUGCAGCUGCUACUUCUUCUUCUGUUCCACCGCAACUUGUUGUUGGUGAUAACAGUAGCAACUAUGGAGUUUGCUAUGGAUCUAACUCAGCGGCUGGGGGAAUGUAUUCUCAAAUGUCUGUGAUGCCACUCAGAUCUGACGGCUCUCUUUGCUUAAUGGAAGCUCUCAACAGAUCUUCUCACUCAAACCAGCAUCACCAUGCUCAAGUUUCAUCUCCAAAGAUGGAGGAUUUCUUUGGGACCCAUCACAGCAAUACAAGUAACAAAGAAGCCAUGGAUCUUAGCUUAGAUAGUUUAUUCUACAACACCACUCAUGAGCCAAACAACAACACAAACUUUCAAGAGUUCUUUAGCUUCCCACAAGCCAGAAACCACCAUGAAGAAGAAACAAGAAGUUACCAGAAUGACCCUGGUUUGACACAUGGAGGAGGUUCUUUUAAUGUAGGGGUAUAUGGGGAAUUUCAACAGUCACUGAGUUUGUCCAUGAGCCCUGGGUCACAAUCUAGCUGCAUCACUGGCACUCACCACCACCAAAACCAAAACAACCAAGCGCAAAACCACCAUCAGAUCUCUGAAGCUUUGGGGGUGGAGACAAGUGUUGGAUUUGAGACAACAACAAUGGCGGCUGCUGCAAAGAAGAAGAGAGGACAAGAGGAAGUAAUGGUUGUUGGACAGAAACAGAUUGCUCAUAGAAAAUCUAUUGAUACCUUUGGACAACGAACUUCUCAAUACCGAGGCGUUACAAGACACAGAUGGACUGGUAGAUAUGAAGCUCAUCUAUGGGACAAUAGUUUCAAGAAGGAAGGUCAUAGCAGAAAAGGAAGACAAGUUUAUCUGGGAGGUUAUGAUAUGGAGGAGAAAGCUGCUCGAGCAUAUGAUCUAGCUGCACUCAAGUACUGGGGUCCCUCUACUCAUACCAAUUUCUCUGUGGAGAAUUAUCAGAAAGAGAUUGAGGACAUGAAGAACAUGACUAGACAAGAAUAUGUUGCUCAUUUGAGAAGGAAAAGCAGUGGUUUCUCUAGGGGUGCUUCCAUCUAUAGAGGAGUCACAAGACACCACCAGCAUGGAAGGUGGCAAGCUCGGAUCGGUAGAGUGGCUGGAAACAAAGAUCUCUACCUCGGAACUUUUGGAACUCAAGAAGAAGCUGCGGAAGCCUAUGAUGUAGCAGCCAUCAAGUUCCGUGGCACAAACGCUGUGACUAACUUUGAUAUAACAAGGUACGACGUUGAUCGCAUAAUGGCUAGUAACACACUCUUGUCUGGAGAGUUAGCUAGAAGGAACAUCAACAGCAUUGUGGUUCGGAACAACAACAACGAAGAAAACGCUGUUAAUGCUGUCGUGGACGGUGGUUUGAACAAAGAAGUUAGUAGUCCGGAGAGAGAGUUGAGUUUUCCGGCGAUUUUUACGUUGCCGCAAGUUGGUCAGAAGAUGUUUGGAGCAAAUAUGGUCGGAAACAUGAGUUCUUGGACUACGAACCCUGGUGCUGAGCUCAAGGCCGUUUCACAUACUUUGCCUCAGAUGCCUGUUUUCGCUGCGUGGGCUGAUUCUUGAUCCAAUCUAUUGCCUAACUAUGGUUUUCUUGGUUUAGUUGCCAAGUGUUUCAGUUUAUCCCCGGUUUUACCCGGUUUGAAUUAAAUUCGGUUUAGUUUAUCAGUAUAAAUAGUCUUUUGCUUAGGAGCGAGCGGUAUAUGUUUCUUUUGAGUAGUAUUCAUGUGAAACAGAAUGAAUCUCUCUAUAACAUAUGAUUUCAAUGCA